AUGCUGUACUUCGACGUAGAGACAAAGACUUGGAAGAAUUUACCGGUUGCCUCCCCGCCAAUUGAGGCAACUCGUUGUUUCUGCGCAGUGUCUGUUUGCGAUAAGUUGAUGGUUACCGCACAGGACUCCUUAGGUUACUGCAUUUACCGUUAUGAUACAGAGGCAAAUGUGUGGGAGAGGCUCCCGCAUUCAGGUAAUGAUAUCAGUAAACUGUGUGUUACAGAUGAAUAUAUGUAUUUAGUAAAUGUAAACCAUCAUUGUCGAGCUUGUCAAAGGUACAGUUUCGCUAAACGGCAGUGGCAAGCAUUUCCAAGCACAGUACGAAAAAAAAGUAGGGGACAACCACUAAGAAACAUAAGUGGUGCAGUGGUUUUAAAUUCAAAAGUAUAUGUUUUGGAGAGAAAUCAGCAUGAUUACAUUGAUUUCUCAAAGCCAGCCGUGUUACACUGUUUUGAUCCUCAUAAGAAUAUAUGGGAAGUAAAAGCAACAACAUCCUCCCAUCAGCUCGAAUCCAUCUUGACAGUGGUGAAAAGCAAACUUUACGUUGCUGGGGGCGAAGACAUUUCGACAGAUCGUCUAUGUGGUACUAAACCUGCAUCUGCAGAAAUGUAUAACGAAGAAACCAACACUUGGUCUGUUGUUGAACAAAAAUUUAUUCCCGACAAUAAUCUCAAUGCAAUGGAAAUAGAGGGGAGGGUGUAUUUCAUCAUCAAUAAAUUUCCUAUCGACAGUGGAAUUAGAACUGCAGACGGGCCCCUGAAUUCUGCUGUUCUGAACGAGUGGGAGAAUUUGAGAAAAAUAGAUAACAAUGCAGCCCUUGGUUAUAUGGUGAUGAAUAGGGGGAGCGGUGAGAGUCAGGCGUCGUUGACUGAUUUAUCUUCGUAACUCUCAAGCAUUAUUUCUAGUAUAUAUUCAUUCAUUCAUUCAUGUUAUAACUAUGCACUUUGGAAAGGUGAAUAAAUUUCAAUGUUGGAAAUAAUAUUAGAGAAAUAUGAAGCUAAAAAUCCGUGUUGUAAAUCACUUUUAAAAAUGGACCGUUAUACAUUGCAUGUUUAAGAAGAGCAAAUAGCUACAUAUCAAGAAAAUACUCUCUCGCUGAUAAGUUUGUCUGUUUAGCAAAGAGGUGAUAAUUGCGGGUGAACUAUAGCCAAAAGUAAAUGCAAAAAAAGAAACUUUCAAAUUCAGGCUUAAACGCGAUUCGAACCCGUCUAUUUCAGUUACUAGUUGAGCGUAAUUCAGAACAACCUAGCUACGAAGCCUUACGUUAAGAGCGAGAAAAUUAUAAUGUUUUCGUUGUUCCGUUAAGGAAUAUGUUCAGGGUUAAGUAAUAAUAAGCUAUGUUAUCACGUGCGGAUGAUUUAAAAAGUAGCGAAAUGCCGGGUAAACUGCAAUUAAAGAAAUUGCAGAAAAUAAAGCCUGAAAAACGUAAGGUUUUGGCAGCCGUUUCGGAUUCGAGCCCAUGUCUCGCCCCCAUUUACUUGAUAACGAAAUUCAGUAAAGCGUGAGAUGGACUAGCAAAUAUUUCAAUUCAGAAAGUUAAAGCGUUAAAUAUGAUUAGGAAAGUGUGGCUCUUUCUUGGUGUAGAAGACACAGUAUACGUCACAAUAUAAUUUCAUCACAACUGGGAAUAAGAAAACAAUGAAAAUAAUAAUUCAAACUAUUUACUGAAAACAAUAAUGUUACGUACACUGUGUCUUCUACACCAGGUAAGAGCCAAAAGUGUCAGGUUUUUAUGCAAGCAUUAAUAUCGAAGACGUACAAAGACCCGUGUAUGUUUUAAACUGUAUAUUUACCUCGCCAUAUUAUAAUUUUACUUGACUUUAACCCUAAAGUUAUAUUGCUAGACUUGUCACGUUAUGUUAGACCGGUAGUUAAGAAUACUGGUGAGCUCUAAAUCUGUUCCAAGCCUUCUGUAAAGCAUUUGAGUUUUGAAUAAACCUACCCAAGCGUUUGAGAGAAAUAUUAUAAUUAGUGUCUUUUCUCUUGUGGAAAGUCUUCAACCACGUGAUAAGCAGCUCUGAGAUUUUCCAAAACAAAAGAAAGUGUUCACAUAGGAAAAGGUCAUAAAAAAGAGUUCAAAUCCCGCAAAACUGAUUUGAUACACCAACAUGGCAGGCGUUUUAUAUUCUUGUUAGCCAAUAUUGCUAACAAUAUUGCUAUUGUUUGCUUAGCAAACUCAAAGACGACCUGGUUUUCCUCUUAUCUGACUUCCACGAAUUCUUUUUGGAGCAAGCUAUAAUAUGGUCGACUCAGAGGCGUUCACUUAACUUACGACCCUCGCACAAAUUCGUGGAUUUGCGCCUGGGGGGGAGAGGGACUGGAGGAUUUUGGUGUUUCACAACAAAGUUUACCUAAUCCCCCUUAAGUUUUUGUAAUAUUUUUAAGAACCCCUCCUCCCCUCUUCAUAGGCAGUUGAUUGGUAGUUCAUUUUCUGUACUCCGUUGGCGGAGACUAUAAUCCCCCCCCUUCCAUCCCCUUGAAAACCCUGUAAUCACCCAAAAAUCCUCAAACUCGCGCCUCACCCCCCACCCCUCCCUGCCCAGGAGAUAAACGGUGACUGGUCCCUGAGACAAAACGGGACUAUAAACAUAAUACGCUAUUGUAUGUGACGGCCGAAUAGGGAAGUUAGGCAGUCACGACGGCAACUCCGAGGAAAAUGUCGAUUAAAAAAAAAUUAGUUGAUAUUUUUGUUGGAAAUUUUGCGAAUGGCUGGAGGUGUUAACUGUCUCUAACGGCACCAGACCUAAACUUCAGCUUGAUUUAUGAGGCAGCUUUGAGUUCCAAAAAGAAAAAUGAACGAUUCGCCGACGCGGUUCCCUUUUUCAGACUACGAAAAUUAUGUUGACUUAACGUUCUUGCUCUACAAAAGAUGGCCGAAAAUGCUCAAGGUUUUGGAACGCACAUGCUAAACUUUUGUUCGACUCAUUAAAUCUUUUUUCCCGCCUCGUUCUCGUUGCCGUCGCCGUCGCCGUCGCCGUCGCCGUCGCGGUCGCCGUCGUAGUUUGCAUAGGGUCCCAAAUGUUCAUGUCUAGGACGGAAGUAAAACUCACGGUUCCAGCAUAACUGACGAGAAGGUGCUGCCUUUCGUUACUUAAACGCGAGUGAUAUCCAGUGGUCAUGGUAACGAGCUGACGUAGCUAUCAAUCUACGGUCAAGCAAUCACGCGAUCCCCAGGACUUCAAACACGUGAGUGGCAUUGCUCCUCUGUCGCAUUUUGAAUAGCAGUGAAAAUCUCUUUUCGAUCAGCAAAAUGGUUGCCCAUGCCGACAUUCUUCUGUCGAAGUGUGCUCAGUUUCGUAACGAAAGUCAAUUCAUCGACGUUCGAUUAAAAGUUGGUGAAGACAUCUUUCCAGCUCAUCGAAUCGUGCUGGCUGCGAAUAGCGAUUAUUUUUACGCUAUGUUUACAGAUGGAAUGAAGGAAUCGAACCAGGAUGUGAUCGAGCUGAAAGAUGAAAGUAUUUCACCUGAUGUUUUUAAGAUCAUACUGGACUCUAUCUACACUGGAGAUCUUCUUUUAAACGAGCAAAGCGUGUCCAAAGUUCUUGCUGCCGCAGAUCAUCUUCAGGUCGCGAGUGCUGUUCAUCAGUGUUGUAAUUUCCUGCUGACCGAGUUCGUCAAGAUUCGUUUGGACUUUGAAACUUAUUGUCGCAUCUGGGAAAUCGCGUUGAGCUAUGGGCUGAAAGAUCUGCAAGACGCUGCAGAGUGUAACGUGGCUAAGAUGUACACAGAUGUUUGUGAGAGCAAGGAAUUUUUGACGCACAUCGGUGGAAACCAGUUAACCAGCCUUCUCAGCCGAGAUGACCUCAGUGCACCUUCUAAGACGUUCAUCCUCAAAUCUGUGAUGCAAUGGAUUAACUACAAGAAGGAAGAGAGGAUGGCAGUCGCAGCCAAAGUUAUCGGAGCUGUUCGUCUGGGGCUGGUGGACAUUACGGUUGCGCUCGACGACCUGAAUACGGAGGAGAUGCAGCAAGUGCCUGAUAUUCACAACUAA